UCUCGUCUUACUCAGUCGGGUCAGAGGUCAGUCUGCGCGCCUCCGAUCCAUCCAACAUCAGCAGUUCGUGAUCAAACUAAAAGUUACACACCGACUAAAGCUGAGGGAUCUCCUUCACGACGGAGCAGUGAAGCGACAAACAACAAAGACUCUUGUGGUUUCUCUUCGGGGAGCUCGCUGAUCGCCCGCUAGCUCAUCGGUUAGCCUCGUUAGCCUCGUUUAGCUGGCUGAUGAAGAAAUCGGCUACUAGCUCGCUAACUAGCUCCACUUCAAGCUAGCCGACCGAAACUGUGACAUUUCUUUCUUCCACCGGAGCAAACUAACGCAGACAUGCAGGACCUGCUGGCCAACGUGGAUCACAUCAAGUUUGAUCUGGAGAUCGCUGUGCAGCAGCAGCUCGGAGCUCAGCCUCUGCCCUUCCCCGGCAUGGACAAAUCCGGAUCUGCUGUGUGUGAGUUCUUCAUGAGGGCAGCUUGUGUGAAAGGUGGGAUGUGUCCGUUCCGUCACAUCAGUGGAGAGAAGACGGUGGUGUGUAAGCACUGGCUCAGAGGACUGUGUAAGAAGGGAGACCAGUGCGAGUUUCUCCAUGAAUACGACAUGACCAAGAUGCCUGAAUGCUACUUCUACUCCAAGUUUGGUGAGUGUAGCAACAAAGAAUGUCCAUUCCUGCACAUUGAUCCAGAGUCCAAGAUCAAAGACUGUCCCUGGUAUGACCGAGGCUUCUGCAAACACGGUCCUGACUGCAGACAUAGACACACGAGAAGGGUGAUCUGUGUGAAUUACCUGGUGGGCUUCUGUCCGGAAGGAAAAUCCUGUAAAUUUAUGCACCCUCGUUUUGAAUUGCCUAUGGGAGCUUCUGAACAGCCUCCUCUACCACAGCAAACCCAGAACCAGACAAAGCCGGUGCCCACCAUCGGUCGCUCCUCUCUCUCUCUAAUCCAGCUAACCAACUCCAGUCCAGGCCAGCGGCCGCAGAACCACAUGCCCAUGAUGUCUUCUCAGCAAAAUAACAUGACCGGCAACAGAGGGCCUCGGCCACUGGACCAGGUCACCUGCUACAAGUGUGGUGAGAAGGGCCAUUAUGCCAACAAGUGCACUAAAGGCCAUCUUGCCUUCCUGAGUGGACAGUAACCUUCAGCCCUGAGGUCCCCAUGGUGCUGUAGCUUAGUCCCCCCUGAUGUGAGCGGAGGAAGAGGAGGAGGAGGAGGAGGAGGAGCAGCAGCAGCAGCAGAGAGGAAGCCCCUUUGCUCUACAGGCUGAAGUUGAACUUAAAGACUUUAACUGCCAGUGUUGUGUCCAUGUGUGCGCGUGUGUCACUUCAGGGUGAAUUUAUACAGACACAGGCAGUAGGAAACAGAAACAAACCUACUAUUUUUUGCCACCGUGGAUACAUAAAAAAUAACAAGGAACCGUAAAAAAGGUGACUGCGGUUGAAUGACUGCAGUGUUUUCUACAAUGUUUGUACUGUAUAGCACACUGAAUAUUUAAAUUUACACGUCACAUCUAGGGUCCAACAGAGGCGCAGUGCUGUAACAUGUUGCAGCUUCUUACAGGUGUAUUCUUGUUUCCUCAGGUCAUGUGACUGCAUCAGUGACACCAGACCAGUGCUUCUUUUCUGCUAAUCCUAGUGAAUCUUCAAUAAAAAACAAAUGUGAUAAAUGCCAGUAGGAAUGUAAAUUUGCAAUAAUAUGCUGUUUGUACUUAAACUACUGUUUUUAAUCAGAGCCAAAAACCACCUGUGAUUGUUUGUAUUGUACUCACAACACCAGUUAAAAUCUGGCCUGCCACACACACACAAUAUGGCAUUAGUCAAAUUUUAGACUGUUACUAUACAUUUGUGUGUUUU